CGCUCACCGAGCAACACACUUCCAUCCCACACACCCAACCAAACAAAGCAAGAGAGAAGAAAGCAAGCAAAAGCUCCCCCCCUUUAAGGCCCCCCUCGCAGCAAAAUGGACUGGACCAGGGGCCGCGCCGUCGGCCGCGGGGCCUCCGCCACCGUGUCGGUCGCCACCUGCCUCCGGUCCGGCGACGUCUUCGCCGUGAAGUCGGCCGAGCUGGUUCGGUCCAAGUUCUUGCAACGAGAGCAGAGGACUCUGUCCUCUCUGAGCUCUCCGAGGAUAGUCAGCUACAGGGGGUGCGAAGUCACGAGCGAAGGCAGCAAGAUCAUGUUCAAUCUCCUCAUGGAGUACUUGCCGCGAGGAAGCCUUGCCGAUCAGAUCAGAAGCCAUGGGGGCAAGCUGGAGGAGCCGGCGAUCCGUGUCUACGCGCGCCAAAUUCUGGAGGGACUGGACUACUUGCACUCUCGGGGCAUUGCGCAUUGCGACGUCAAGAGCUCCAACGUCCUGAUUGGCAACGACGGCGGCGCAAAGAUCGCCGACCUCGGGUGCGCGAGGCGGGUCGUUGGCCCCUCGGGGAACCCGGCGGCGGAGAUCGGUGGCACGCCGAUGUUCAUGGCUCCGGAGGCGGCGCGGGGGGAGGAGCAGGGGCUCGCCGGCGACACGUGGGCGGUCGGGUGCACGGUCAUCGAGAUGGCCACCGGGAAGCUACCGUGGCAGGCCGACGACGCCGACCCGGUGUCGGUGCUCUACAGGAUCGCGUGUUCCGGGGAGUCACCGGCGAUUCCGGGUUGGCUCUCCGCGGAAGCAAGGGAUUUCGUGAGCAAGUGUCUAAGGAGAGACCCGAGGGAGAGGUGGACGGUGGGUCAACUUCUCGAGCACCCAUUCCUCGAGACUCACAAACUGGGCCCAACUCAAGCCGCACAGAUCAAUACCAAGUCGCCCACGAGCGUUCUUGAUCAAGAAUUCUGGGACGCGAUGGACGAGACAGAAACAGAGUCGGAAGCCGGGACGACCGGAGGAGACGGGGUGGAAUCGGCCCUCGACAGGAUCGGGACGCUGUCGUCUCGGGACGGACGACGACCCGGUUGGCCGUGCGGCGAGCGCGACGAGGGUUGGAUCACCGUCAGAUUGGGGAGAGCCCGUGGGUCAGACGCGGCUGCUUGUUGUUCAUCAUCUUCUCGGUGCUCUUCGUGGGUGAGUGACGAGACGGGCGCGAGUGCUGUCGGUGGCGAGAGGUGGGUGGUGGUGGGUCUUCCGGGUGGCAAUGCGGGUGGUGAGAUGGGUGGAAACUCAUGUGAUCGGGGUGAGGAACGCGUUGUGAUUAGGAGCAGCCUCGAUUUCGAGAGGCACGAGUGUAGUAGAUUUCCUGAAUCGAUGUCCAGAUUUUCAUGAAAAAUUUCUCUCUCUCUCUC